GACUGGAAUGAGACAGUGGAAUGGGAUGUCUGGCAAUCGAAUAAAAGGGGAGGGAGGAGUAAUUUCGCGCGUUGAACGGAUACCGAAUAAUUUCGAAGAGAUUCGCGAGUCACAGCGUCGUCUCGAGUAAUCGGGCAGAGAUCAUUAAGUAGGCGAAUCCGUCCAUCAAAGCCCGGCGAGAUGUCCGUCAUGGGAAAGGCAAUACUCUACUCCUAUUGGCGGAGUUCUUGUUCGUGGAGAGUACGAAUUGCACUGAACUUAAAAGAAAUCCCCUAUGACAUAAAACCAGUUAGCUUGAUAAAAAGUGGUGGAGAACAACAUUCUAAUGAAUUCCGUGAGAUCAAUCCAAUGGAGCAGGUGCCUGCACUUCAUAUUGACAAUCACACGUUAAUAGAAUCUUUAAAUAUUUUGCAAUACCUAGAAGAAACCAGACCACAUCGACCUUUGAUGCCUGCAGAUCCAGUAAAACGAGCAAGAGUCAGAGAAAUUUGCGAGGUUAUUGCUAGUGGUAUACAGCCCUUGCAAAAUUUAGUCGUGUUGAUUUAUGUUGGAGAAGAACGCAAGAAGGAAUGGGCACAACACUGGAUUACUAGAGGUUUAACAGCUGUAGAAAAAUUAUUGUCAUCCAGUGCAGGGAAGUACUGCGUAGGUGAUGAAAUCACGUUAGCAGACUGUUGCUUAAUACCACAGAUAUUUAAUGCAAGGAGGUUUCUCGUUGACUUACGACCUUUCCCAACGAUUUUAAGGGUAGAUCGUCAUUUAGAGAAUCACCCAGCCUUUACCGCUGCUCAUCCAAACAAUCAGCCUGAUUGCCCACCAGAGGCAACCAAGUAGCAAGCAAGGCAGACCACCCUCUUCCUCUUCUAAUUUAUUAGAAAUAGGAAGAGAGUGGUCCAAUAUGUUGUAGUUCUGUAGUGACAAAAGGUGAUGCAAUUUGAUUUUUAAAAAAGAUAUUAACAUAUAAUUAUGUUAAAAUGAUAAUAAUAUACGCCCUAGUGUUGUAUAUUAAUUAAUUUUUAAUACCAUAUGUUGUAAAUUAGUGAAUUGAAAUUUGCGAAUACAACUAUUUUUUGAUCGUUUUCUAGGAUUAAAUUCUUUUGUUUAGUAGAAGUAUACACCUUUUAUCACUUAUGAACUACCUUUAGGUACCGAAAUGGUAAACAGUGUAACGUAGAGUAUCGAACUCCAUGAUGAUUUUCAGUUGUUUGUAAAACCGAAUUCCGUGAUAUGAUAUCUGUUUCGGCUGAAAGAACGCACUGUACCAUUUCUGUACUUAAUCAGAGGAUAAGAAUGUUGGUCUGUUUUUAUUUUUGUUAUAUUUUUUCAUUGGUUUCUAUAUACACAGAAUCAAAAUUAACAAAAUUUGUUUUCGUACAGUAUUUACAAUUACUUUGUAAAACGUACUGACCUAUUAUAAAUAGGUUCUGUUGUCUGAAAUCAAAAGUUUACUUUUUAUACAUUUACAAUAAUGUAAUUUUUCAGUUACUUUUAGCUUACUUAGAUUAAGGAGAAGUGUUGCUAUUAAAUAAUAUUAAAUAUAACUUGAAAUUCUUUACCGAGUAUAAAGUAGCAGAUUUAACAUCGCAGGUACACAUACUCACAUACAUAAACAUUGAAUAAACAAAGAAAUAAAGAGGAAACGUGUAAUAAGGGAAUGCAAUCUGCUCAAACUCCGUAAUAAUAUCGAGGAAUGAAAAGUACAAAUCAAAUUACUUUUUCUAAAGCUUUACCUUGAGUAUGUUUCAUUUUGCACCGUACUAUGUCAGCCCAUAAGUGAACAUUUUCAAAUAGUAGAUAUGAGGUAAUUUCGAUUUUGCAUAUUUUCUUAAUGUUAAAAAAUAGGAAGGUGUGCUCGAUUUUAAUAUGUCGCACAAGCUCGUCACGUGUGUAUUAUUAUUAAGAUAGAAUCAUUCUUUUCAGCGUUCCAUGGCAAAGAAAUUACAUUUUAAAAUCAUUCAAAAAUGAUUUUUUACUCAACUUUAUCAAAUUGAUAGAAAACAAUAAUUAAAUAGAAAUUUUGUAGGAUAUUUUUACGUUUCAAUAUUGAGCACACUUUGGAAAUUUACGCUAUAUUUUAUUGUGAAGAUUAAUCUUUAUAUAGAGAUACAUUUUUUAUUGUAUCACCUAUAUUGUAUAACUUUCAUAUAUUUCGUAGUUUUAUACACAAAUGAUACGUUUACUGUACAACAAAGGUAACACGAACAAAAGUCAAGACGAAACAGAAUCGCGUGGUAAACUUUAUCAAUAACUUCGGCAUUGUUCCUUAUUGCCGGGUUCCUUCUUGCCAUUACUUUCUACGGAAGUAAAAACUAUCCUUGAUUUAUAAAGAAAUCGUACGAUGGCAAACAGUUGGUAAUUCGCAGUGUUUAAGAGAGUACCGUAUUAUGUAAGAACAGGAGGGGGUUGGGGGAACGUUUGUUUGCAUGCUUCUGUCAUGCAACGGUCUAUCACGUACAUAGAGAUAGUUUAUAAUUUAUAUUCUAACGUAAAGGAGAAGAAAGACGCAACAUACACUUCGUAUUUAGAUAUGUGCAUUAUGCAAACGUGUGAUUAGAUAAUAACAUAUGUAUAUAACUUUUAUACAACAAAAAUUGGAAUGUUACAUGCGGAAAACAGUUUCAGCCAUAUCUUCGAGAUGGCUGUUCGUACCGUGUCGACGAAUGUAUCGCAUGUCAUAUAUUACAAAGUUUAUAGAGCACGCAUAAGGAAAGGAUGCAAACAAGUGGUGCCCUUCGAGCGUAAUCGCACAAAAGAGAUUUUUAUUUGUUCGUCGAUCUCUCUGUUAUCGAGGCAUGUAUCAUGAAACACUUUGAUCAAUGCGACGUAAGAUGCUAGUGGACAUUAACAAAGUGUCGCGAUAGCGAGGAAGAGAGCCUAACUUUUCUUUGUAACUCUCGUGAUAUUUGUUACUUUUGUAAUAAUAAAAUAUCGGAGCAAGAGAAAUGGAUAAUUUUUAUGAAAAAUGUUUGGAGAGAAAGAGAAAAAAAAAAUACCAUCAAGCUACAUUUGGCUUGAGGUAACGUAGGAGGAAAAUUCGCGAAGUUAGUGUACAAAUAUUAUUGCAUCCAACGAUGAUCUUUUUCGUGUUCGAUGCGGUAGAAAUGAAUUCUCCAUUUCUCUGGGGACUGGUACUUUUUCUUUUUAAUUCGGGAGACCGAUAACUAUACUUUUAGCGCUUUUUCACUAUUAGCUUGUUCGCGAACAUGUGAGAGCCCGAAGCAGGAAAGUACGUAAUAAUAAUGAUAAUUAUAAUAAUAAUUAGAAUACUAACGGUAAUAACGAAUCAGUGAACAUUUGUUUUACAAAACAACUUAACAGGAAAAAAAGGGAAGUACGCAACAUAGUAUCACUGUAUAGUCGGACAAACUAAGGGCAAUAAUGGUUGAACCAGAUUAGGAGUUCAUUUUACUGAUGGUCCUAAGUAGAGUUUAGUUAGGUAGAACAGCGUACACAUUUGUAAAAGGAUGCGUGAAGAAACUUUGUAGGAGCAAAUGCGUGUAUGUAUUAUAAUAACGGAUGCAAACGAUACUUAAUGAAAACUUAAGUAAGGAAAGAAUCACCGGUAUGAUACGCAUAGAUAUUUUGUAAGUGAAAAUGAAUUAUGUACGUUCACUGCUUAUCAGGAAUAAUAAAUUCUGUGUCAUAGUGUAUGUAUAUUAAUUUGUAGAUGCGAAGCUAAAAAACGAAAAAAAAACGCUGUCAACAAACUAUAAAUACAUUUGUGAAUGUGCACUUAUCAUUCGAAUAAAAAAUACGUUUUGACUGUA